GGGUAGAUCUAAUCUUGCUCUCAAUGGCUGACGGAAAUCUUCAUGAGCAGAGAAUUAACGCAGUAACGGAUUUAGAGCUAUUGAGGGAUGACGGAUUUCUAUUAGUUAGAGACAACUUUGACUGGAUUUCUCUUCAAACUUUUGUGAACGUGCGUCAUUAUUGGAAGGCGCAUGAUUAUUUGGGAGAAGUUGUUCACGUAUUGGAUAACAUACGGCGUGGAUUUCGGGACUGGAUUAUUGACAACCCAAACGGAGAUCUGGUGCCGGGUCCGGAUCCAGUGGUGAUGAACGUGGAGAAUCCCUUGGCGCCUCUCGCAGUGUUUAUAGACCGCGGGUAUACACUGAUGAAUCUAAUCACUGGUGAUGUUAAUCAGAUCAUUGGAGUAGUCCCUACCUUAGGACAGGCAGAGCUCCAAGAAAUACUUGAGCUCUCGGACGCCAAUGUCAUUAUCCUUGAUCUUAUAGAGGAUGGACGCAACAUGAUUGGGGGGAUGAUAAAUUCAAGUUCAGAGUCAACUGAGUCAAGUUCGAGUUCAGCUGAGUCUGGAUAAGUUCAGCAUCGGUUUAUUUUCUUGAAGACUUGAGUCGGUUUAUUUUCGUCUAGUUGUUUAUAUUUAGUGGAUCAGCUGUUAAAAAGUUCCACGUUUUUUUUUUCAACAUGUUUGUUGUUAUAAUCCUUGAUUCUGAUUUCAUAGAUAUCUAUAUAUAAACGUAGUGAUAUUAA